AUAACGAGCAUGGUCAUAAUCUGUUACUAUAGCAACUUUACACGUGGAAUAUCACAACAAAAUUUUAGUUAAUAAAAUGGAUUCGUAAACAUUUUACAUUCUACAAUACUAAAGUUACUACAAUGAAUCAGUUAUACGAAGCCCACAGUUAUUUCCGUCGUCGAAAUUAUCCAAAAUGUGUUAGUGUUUGUACGGAACUAUUAGAAAAAAAUCCAUACGAUGAAGCUGCAUGGGUUCUGAAAAUGCGGGCAAUGACUAAACGUGUUUAUGUAGAUGAUUUGGAGAGUGAAGAUCUUAGUGAAGAGUUUUUAGAUGAUGUAGUUAUUGCAACAGCUCCACGUCCUGGAACGUCUAUUAGAAAUAUUGUUCAUACGGCAAAUUUAAGUACUGGAAGUCGACCGCGAUCUUCAACUGGUAGACCUAUUUCGGGUAUAGCAAGACCAAAUACGCAAUUACGUCCUGGUUCAGCAAUAGAUCGAACUAAAACAUCACGACCAUUAACUAGUUCGGCGAGAACAAUACGAUUGGGUACCGCUGCCAUGUUAACAAUAAAAGAUGGUCCAUUUAUUCAAGUAUCUCGAUUGAACUUAAAUAAAUAUGCUGGUAAAAUUGGAGUGGCUAAAGCACUAUUUGAAUAUUUAUACUAUUAUGAAGGGAACAUUCGAAUUGCCAUGGAAUUAGCAAUACAAGCCACACAGCAAGAUAAUAUCAAUACAGAAUGGUGGUGGAGAGUUCAACUCAGUAAAUGUUACUGCCAUUUAAAUUUGUUACGUAACGCUGAACAAGAGUUAAAAUUGGCUAUACAGUUGCAUGAUCACGUGGAAAACUUUGUGCGUUUAGCAAGAGUCUUUAUACGUUUGGAUCAACCAUUAAUGGCAAAAGAGAUAUGUACAAAUGGUUUGGAAAAAUUCUCAAAUGAUAUAACAAUACUGACGGAAUUGGCACGUUUACAUGAAGUUAUGGAUGAAUUGGAAAUUUCUACAAAUUUUUAUCGAGACAUUGUUUUUCAUGAUGCUAUGAAUGUGGAAGCAAUUGCCUGUAUUGGAUUACAUCAUUUUUAUUCAGAACAACCAGAAAUGGCCAUGCGAUAUUAUAGGCGUGCACUUCAAAUGGGCGUUUAUUCAGCUGAAAUUUAUAACAAUAUUGGAUUAUGUUGCUUAUAUUCUCAACAAUUAGAUUUGACAUUAGCUUGUUUUCAACGAGCUCUAGAUUUAGCAACCGAACCCGAAAUUAAAGCUGAAGUUUGGUAUAAUUUAUCACACGUUGCUUUAAGUUCUGGAGAUACAAGUUUAGCUAAAAAUUGUUUAAACAUAUGUUUAACUCAUGAUCCAUGCCAUGCUUUGGCAAUGAAUAAUUUAGCGGUAUUGGAAUAUCGAAUUGGAAGGCAUACAUUGGCAAAAAAUUACUUUGCUACUGCACAGAGUUUGGAUCAUUCAUUAAUAGAACCCAAAUGCAACUUUGGCUCACCUUAUUUUCAUUUUCCUUUAGUUUCUAAAGGGAAAAUAAAGAAAACUUCAUUUGAACAUUUUGCAGGAACCUUUAUUAAGAGUUUACAAGUACGAAAAUAG